ACUCGGCGAGGCGCACAGAUAAAGGCAGGGCCUUAUGGAAUUCUCUUUUAAAGGAACCUGAUCCGUGCGCUCGCCCCUUUCGUUUUGGGAUUUAGCGCUGUGUUUGGGGAUCCAGUUCAGCCACGCUGAGCUUCUGCUGUCUCGCACACCUGCAGCGCUACAGUAUCACACAUGGCCAAUGAAUCGAGGCCCUGCCCGUGUGAUAUUGGAGACAGGUUUGACUAUGGAGGCCGUGGGCAGGAGGUUGAAGUUGGGCACAUCAAGGCAUACGUCUGCAAACCUUCUGCCAGCACUGACAAAGCUGUGAUUGUGAUUCAUGACAUAUUUGGAUGGCAGCUCCCAAACACCAGAUACAUAGCUGAUAUGCUAACAACUAAUGGAUACAUAGCCAUCUGCCCAGAUUUUUUUGUGGGACAAGAAGCUUGGAAACCUUCUAACGACUGGGCAUCUUUUGAUGACUGGGUGAAAACACGAGAUGCCGGCAAAAUAGACAAAGAAGUUGAUGUCGUCCUCAAGUAUCUAAAGGACCAAUGUGGUGCGAAGAAGAUUGGUGUCGUUGGGUUUUGCUGGGGUGGAGCAGCAGUGCAACAUCUGAUGCUGAAAAAUCCCCAUUUAAAGACCGGAGUGUCCCUCUAUGGAGUGAUCAGGCGUUUUGAGGACAAACACAGUUUGCUGCAUCCUACCUUCUUCAUUUUUGGUGAGAAGGAUGACUUUAUUCCAUUGGAGCAGGUCACCUUGCUGGAGCAGAAGCUUAAACAGAACUGUAAAGUUGAUUAUGAAGUUAAAAUUUACCCCGGACAGACACAUGGGUUUGUGCAUCGCAAAAGAGAAGAUAUCAAUCCUCAAGAUAAACCUUUUAUUGAGGAAGGAAGACAGGAUAUGAUCAACUGGCUGAAUAAAUAUAUUUAGAUUAAAUUAAUGCCAAUAAACAAAAACAAUUGUUGUAGGAAAUCAGAAAAUAAUACAGACUAUAUUGCUUAAAAUGUUCUUUCAACCAUAAAAAUAUUUUGUAAAACUCUUCUGCAGUAACACUACUUAUUUGCACUUCUUAGAAAUGGCUUUUCAAAUGCUGAAAGCUAUAAAUGUAAACAAGUUUUUUAACACUUGUCUUGUAUAUCUUAAAAUUAUUAGAAUUUCAUGUGGCAUAUUUUCUGGCACCUGAAAGUUUAAUUUUUUUAUAUCAAUGUCAACAUGAUUAAAAGUCACUGAAACUCUG